AUGCUUAGCUUUCUGAGCUUCACUGCACACUGGCUUUAUAAGGACUUUGGUCUACAAAAUAGAGUUCUGCAAACGAAAAAUUUUACUGACUUUUACUCAGGUGAUCUUAUUCGUUCUGUUCUAGAAGAGUUAUCUGCAACUUGGGACAUAACUUCGCAUAUCUACGUGAUUAUGAGAGAUAAUGGUCCCAAUAUGGUGAAAGCCAUUGAUGAAAGUCUGUUUGAAGGCAAGGGGUGUUUUAUACAUACGUUGCAAUUGGCGAUUAAAGCUUCAUUACAGGUUGUAAACGUAAAUGAUGAUUUGACCUCUGCUAGAAGAAUAGUGACACAAUUCAAUCACUUAAGCACGGUGCAAGAAAAGCUGAAAAAUAUCCAGAAAGAACUGAAUCUUGCUGAGCAUCAGUUUGUAUAG